AUGGCUGGUCUUCAAAGUCAAUUCAAGGUCGUUUCGACCACCGAAUAUUUAGGCACUACAGUUGAGGUCCUUGAAGGAGAUUUGUUGAAAUAUCCGGUCGAUGUGAUUGUCAAUGCUGCGAAUGUUAGGUUGAAGAGGGGAAGUGGUGUUGAUGGAGCGAUUCAUGCCGCAGCUGGUCCAGAACUUCAACCUGAAAUGGACAAGCUAUUUCCGCAUCCAGGACAAGUGGGUAAAGCUUAUGGGACGACUCAUGCUUUCGAUAUCAGCUCUUGCAGAUAUAUUAUCCACGCUAUUGGUCCGAAUUGGAAUACAGUGAACCAGCGAGACGGAACACUUUUGUUGAACGCUUUUCGGAAUAGUCUAGAUCUUGCGAUGGCUAACAAGCUGAGAUCGAUUGCGUUUCCUGGAAUUUCAAUGGGGAUUUUUGCAAUGCCAAAAGAUCUAGCAGGAUUAAUGAUAAUUACUGCCAUCAGAACAUGGAUCAAGGAACACCAGGGAGAAAUGGAUCGCAUUAGUAUAUUGCUACUUGGGUACUCACAAGAUGAUAUAGUAGAGACACAGUUGCACGAAAUCACUCAAUAUAUGCCAGAUACAGGUUCUGGUCUGGACAAACUCGUACCUGCAGCUUUCAGAAAGAAGCCAAAUGCUACUACAGCACCAGGACCUCUUCCAAUCCCGACAGCCAGUGGGUCUCUACCGAACCCGAACUUGCCCAAUCCUUUCCCUGAAGAUUCGGUUCCAGUUGAGACUCCAGAUCCUGUGACUGACCAAUCAGAAUCACCAACACCUCCUCCACCUGGCCCUCCUCCACUUAGCCCUCCUCCACCUAGCCCUCCUCCACCUAGCCCUCCUCCGCCUGGACCUCUUCCGCCUGGCCCUCCUCCUCCGCCCGUUCCUCCUCCACCUGGAGACCCAGCUGCACCUCCCCCAAGACCCGAAGGCGCGCGUGCUGAGACUCCAAGCGAUUCCGAAGAUGAACUACCCAACUACCUUCUUAAAUUCUACGAACCCCUGUCACACAUGUGGAUGGGAAGAGAUCGUUAUUACGCUUUAUUAGAAGCGGGGAUUGACCCCAAAACGUUCUACGAAGGAAUGAUCAUUCCCGAUCCCGAAGAAGAUCCCAAUGUAGAUCCCCUCAUUGGCGAAGAAAGAGAUUUCUGGAGGGAAUACAACGCUGAAAGACUUCGCCGAGGAAGAGAAAUCAGCCAGGCUUUAGGAUUACCAAUAACGGCUGCAGAAACGGCGGAUGAGGAUGCCGGGGCCUUGAAAACCGCUCGAGAUAAGAGUAUAUCUCUUACACAAGGACUCAUGAAAACAAAAACUGCAGUGCGCGAUGAAAUAAUUAUAAAUGAGGGGACAACUAAUUGUACUGCUCUUACAGAAAGUGGGUUCCCAUGUCGUUUUCGUGGCUAUACUGCGAUAUGGCGCAAGCAUAACGUUCCAGAUCGGUGUACUUUACAUCAGGAUCUGGAGAAAUUUCCGCGGGCUUAA